GCUGGGCUCAGCCCUGGGCAGGGGGUGCUGGACACAAGCAGAGCUGCUGCUCCUUUCAAGUCCCCAUCCAUGAGGAAAUCCAAGGAAAUUGCAAAGGAAUUUUUGUUUUGAAAAUGAAGGCAAUUUAGCUGCCAUCAAACAUGUCCAGAGACCUCCUCUGGACUGUUGGAGCUGUGGGGAUGCAGAGGGUGCAGAACAGGACCUGAGCUCCAUGGGGCAGGGCUGAGCAGGGUUUCCCAGAGCUGAGCCCCCUCCCACAGCUCAGCCCCACAUCCCACCCCCAUUAGCUGAUGCACUGAGAGCCUCCAGCCUCCAUAAAUUAUCACUCUGGGCUAUGAAUUAUGAAUGGAGCCACAUCUCUGAUCACUGCACUGCUCUGCUGACAGCCCAGGAGCUGCUGAUCCAAGUGACAGCCCAAAGCUUUUAAGGAUGUGAACGGCAAAACCUGGGAAUAAUUCCCUUUGCAAGCUACAAACAGCUUGGCCUACAGAUGGGGCUCAUCCUAUUCCCUCUCCUCCCUCCUCCUGUCCUGUUCUUCUCUUUUGUUUCCCAGUUUUGGCUUCUCUACUUUCCCUCUCUGUUAAUGGGUGUAGUCCUGCUUGGCCACCCAUGGGAGCUGCAUCCCUCGUGCCACAUCCAUCCCUGGUACCUCUGGGGACAGCAGGUCCUGGCCAUCCCAGCCCAGCACAGACCCCACAGCCACUGCAGAGCUCCUGGUGCAGGACCCAGCAGGAUUUUGGCAGAUCUCUGCAGCUCCAUCCCCCUUUGGCCAUUACUUGGUGUUCAAGACAUCGCAUUCCGCAUCUCCAUCUGCUCCAUGGGGCUCUGCCAUUGCUCCUUGGAGGCUUUGUCCUUGAACCUUUCCAUCUCUGGAGGCCAAAUCCUACCCUAAGCAGCUGGAUGUGCUUAAUUCACCCAAAAAAAAGGGUGGGUUUUGCCCUCUGGGUCUGUAUGGAUUCCUGCCUCCUCACCUCUGGGGCAGCUCCAUCCAGCAGCUGGGCUGUGCUCCUGCUCUGGCAGCUGUGGGGCAGAGGGAGCAGAACUAAAUUCAGACAGUGAGCUUCAGACACGUGCCAGCUGUCACAAACGAGGGCAGGGCCCUGUAUGAACCCUUUGUGGGGCUGCAGCACUUGGGGGAAAGCUCUUGGCAAGCAGGAGGGAGCAGGGGAUGGGAGGAAGAUGAGAUGGCAGGAGCACGGGAAACAAUCCCAGCCUGGGCAGUGGGUUUAGGGAAGGGGCACUCUGCAUUCCCAUCCUUUCCAGCUGAGCCAUUGUGAACCAGGCAGCAGAACAACUUCAAAGGCAAAGCCUUGGUGUCUGGAGGUGUUUUGUCCUGAUCUCUGCAGAAGCUGCUCUGCCCCAGGCUGGGCUGCAGGAGCACUCACUCCCCUGUCCUGACUAUUUCCUUUCCCUUGCACAGGGGAUGCUGUAAGCAGGUGAAGGAUGGACUGACAGAGCCCCAGCAGGCCCACCCAAGGCUGAGGGGCUCAGCCUGCAGGGAAGGAGCCAGUUUUGGACACAAACAUCGCUCAGGCUGCGGCGAGGGGAGAGGAGCUGAGAGGAGCUGCCGUGGAUCGAACCCGCUCCUGGAGGGGAAAAUGCCACUUCGGUUUGGUGUCUAAUUAGAUAUUUACCAGGAAGGAAGGAAAGAUAUAAAUAGGGUGACAGUGACUUCAAAGGGUGUUUUUUGACUUCUAAGAAUAACACCUUUGCUGGCGCCGCUUUCGGGAAUAUCGGCUGUGCCGGGGUGUGAAAGGCGGAGGAGGUGUCGCAGCUCGGUCGGCAGCCAAGGGAGCAAACCCAGACCCCAGCCCCGCUCCCAACCCAGACCCCAGCCCUGCUCCAGCCCCACAGAGCAGUUGAGGAGGGACAGAGCCCCUGGAAAGCUCAGCUGCAUCCACAGGGACACAGCAGGGGCAGUUUGGGGAAGACCAGCGAUGCUGCAGCGCGGGCAGGAGGGGACGUGUGGCACCAUGGGGACCCCACCCCUGUCCCCGUGGGCAGUGCUGGUGCCCACCCUGGUGCUGGUGGGGCUCUGGGCUCCCUGUGUGGUGAGCAGACAGCCCAACUUCAUCGUCAUCCUGGCUGAUGAUGUGGGCUGGGGGGAUCUGGGCGCCAACUGGGCAGAGACGAAGGAGACGCCGCAUUUGGAUCAGUUGGCUGCUGAAGGAACAAGGUUUGUGGAUUUCCACUCAGCUGCCUCCACGUGCUCCCCGUCCCGCGCCUCGCUGCUCACGGGGCGCCUGGGGCUGCGCAACGGGGUCACCCACAACUUCGCCAUCUCCUCUCUCGGGGGCCUCCCCCGCAACGAGACCACCCUGGCCGAGGUCCUGAGGGAGGCUGGCUACAGCACAGGGGCCAUAGGCAAGUGGCACCUGGGACACCACGGCCACCAUCACCCCACCUCCCGUGGCUUUGACUACUACUAUGGGAUCCCCUACAGCCACGACAUGGGCUGCACAGACACCCCUGGCUACAACCUGCCCCCCUGCCCGCCCUGCCCAGGGCACAGCGCCGCUGCCAGGGUGAUGAGGAAGGACUGUUACACAGAGGUUGCCCUGCCUCUCAUGGAGAACAUCACCAUCGUCCAGCAGCCCGUGGAGCUCGGCAGCCUGGCCAGGCGCUACGCAGAGGAGGCAGAGAGGUUCAUCCAGAGGGCCAGUGCCAAAGGACAGCCCUUCUUCCUGUACCUGGCCCUGGCCCAUAUGCACGUCCCGCUGGUGCCCCCGCUGCCCCCCGGCCCGGGCAGGGGCAUCUACGGAGCGUCCCUGGGGGAGAUGGAUGCGCUGGUGGCACGGGUGAAGGAGGCAGCAGACAGCCUGGGCAGGGGCAGCACGCUGCUCUGGUUCACAGUGCUGGGCAUCCUGGACAUCUUCCCCACGCUGGUGGCCCUGGCUGGGGCAGCACUGCCCCCAAACAGGCGCUUUGAUGGCUUGGAUGUGUCCCCAGUUCUCUUUGGCUGGUCGGAUGUGGGGCACAAGGUUCUGCUGCACCCCAACAGCGGCGCGGCGGGGAAGGUGGGCGAGGUCGAGGCGCUGCGGCUGCAUCAGUACAAGGCCUUCUACACCACAGGAGGGGCCUUGGCCUGUGAUGGCAGCACUGGGCCGGCACAGCAGCACCACCCACCCCUCAUUUUCAACCUGGCCCGUGACAUCCAGGAGCAGGAGCCUCUGGAUGUGGCCUCCAGGGAGUACCAGGCAGUGCUGCCUGCCAUCAGCAGGGCUUAUGCCCAAGCCCUGCAGGACAUUGCAGCAGACAAUGUCUCGGUUGCAGAUUAUUCCCAGGAUCCAGCUGCAAUUCCCUGCUGCAACGUACAGCACGUGGGCUGCCGGUGCCACGGGGCCACGAGGGAUCCCCAUGUGGAAAGCACAACACCCUGGCUUUGUGUUUAAGCAAAUAAUUGCUCAGGCUGCUCCUUUCCCAAGGGUGGUGUCUGUGAAAUCCAGGCUGGAGGUGGGAUGGAGGCUGUGGUUCCCUUUGCUCCGUGCUGGGAGGAGGGAGGUGAGCUGGGUGUGGGGCUGGGGGAGCACACAGAGGGUCCCCCUUGAAGGCUUUUUGUAGGGCUCUGUAUCUGGGAAAGAGAGAACUCUUGGAUUAAAAUUACCUUCUGUGAGA